GGCGUAGGACUCCACCCCCUCCCUCUCCUCUCUCCCUGGACUGCACUGCUCACGCCUUCCUGGUAGUCUGAGCUGGGAGAAGUUCACUCCGAUCAGCUGAUCCCAACUGACAACAGGAGAGGAGGAAGCCCGGAGGCAGAGAAGGAGGAGGGGGGGCGGAGAUGGAGAUGAGGAUGGAUCCUCGGGUGCCCUGAGGAACAGCUCCCGCCCCCGCCGGCGCCCUGCGGUCCCCCGACGCCACCUCGCCGCGGCGGAGCUGCUCGACUCUGCUCGUGCCCCUCGGGUUGUGGUGGUGUUGCCCGGGAGAAAGGAAGGGUGAGGAAUCCCCGGCUGGAGAGACGUGUCGAGGUAUCCCCUGAAAUAUUGACUUGAGGUUGGAUUAAAUUGCAAAGCUCCUGACCACUCUCCUUCCCUACCAAAACCUUGUGGCUGAGGCCCAGCCCACGAGGUGCCCACCUUGGUGAACCUACCGGAUCUCUCUCAGAUAGCCGUAAGAGACCUUUUCAAGUUAAUUUUGACCACAACUUUGGUUGCACUUUAUGGAGGAGAAAACCGUCAAACCAAAUCAACAUUGCUGCUGAUCCGGGAAUCUUGGAGGCAGAAAAUUAAAAAUUUGAACAUUUGUGAGCAGGUGAAGAAUUCUGAUAGGACCCCGAAACUUUGUUUUUGUUUUUUUGUUUUUCUGAAGGUGUCCAGAAUCCUCUGAAAGUUCUCUGCGGUCCUCAGACUCAAAGCCUCUGUCUUCACCCCUGGGGCAAGCCCAGGGACCAUUAUAUGGUGGGUGAUUUCCUUGCCAACCUGAGUAUGAGUGCUCAGACUUCCCCAGCAGAGAAGGGCCUGAAUCCGGGGCUGAUGUGCCAGGAGAGUUACGCCUGCAGCGGGACUGACGAAGCGGUCUUUGAGUGUGAUGAGUGCUGCAGUUUGCAGUGUCUCCGCUGCGAGGAGGAGCUCCACCGGCAGGAGCGCCUGAGAAACCAUGAGCGGAUAAGACUCAAACCUGGCCACGUCCCUUACUGCGAUCCCUGCAAGGGCACCAAUGGGCACUCGCCGGGUGUUAGGCAGAGGGCAGCCGUGAGGUGCCAGACCUGUAAAAUCAACUUGUGCCUGGAGUGCCAGAAGCGGACUCAUUCUGGGGGUAACAAAAGGAGACACCCCGUUACUGUGUACCAUGUCACUAAGGUCCAGGGCUUACUGGAGGAGGACGAGCUGGAUGAAGAGACCAGGAGGAAGAAGAUGACUGAGAAGGUUGUGAGUUUCCUCCUAGUAGAUGAAAAUGAAGAAAUUCAGGUAACGAAUGAAGAGGACUUUAUUAGGAAAUUGGACUGUAAACCUGAUCAGCAUUUGAAGGUGGUUUCCAUUUUUGGAAAUACUGGUGAUGGAAAGUCUCAUACUCUCAACCACACUUUCUUUUAUGGCCGUGAAGUCUUUAAAACUUCGCCUGCCCAGGAGUCCUGCACCGUGGGGGUGUGGGCGGCCUAUGACCCGGUCCACAAAGUAGCGGUGAUAGACACAGAAGGGCUCUUGGGGGCGACAGUGAAUCUCAGCCAGAGAACACGGCUGCUGCUUAAGGUCCUGGCCAUCUCAGACCUCGUCAUCUAUCGAACUCACGCAGACCGGCUGCAUAAUGACCUCUUCAAGUUCCUUGGGGACGCCUCAGAAGCUUACCUGAAGCACUUCACCAAGGAGCUCAAGGCUACCACUGCCCGCUGUGGGCUGGAUGUCCCCUUGUCCACCCUGGGCCCUGCUGUUAUCAUUUUCCAUGAGACUGUGCACACUCAGCUGCUGGGCUCUGAUCACCCCUCAGAGGUGCCAGAAAAGCUCAUCCAGGACCGGUUCCGGAAGCUGGGCCGCUUCCCUGAAGCCUUCAGUUCCAUUCACUACAAGGGAACGAGGACUUACAACCCACCCACCGACUUCUCUGGGCUGCGGCGGGCUUUGGAGCAGCAGCUAGAGAACAACACCACCCGUUCUCCCCGGCACCCGGGGGUCAUCUUCAAAGCCCUGAAGGCCCUGAGUGACCGCUUCAGCGGUGAGAUCCCCGAUGACCAGAUGGCGCACAGCUCCUUUUUCCCAGAUGAAUACUUCACCUGCUCCUCCUUGUGCCUCAGCUGUGGGGCUGGAUGUAAGAACAGCAUGAAUCAUGGGAAAGAAGGAGUCCCUCACGAAGCCAAGAGCCGCUGCCGGUACUCCCACCAGUAUGACAACCGCGUUUAUACCUGCAAGGCCUGCUAUGAGAGAGGCAAGGAGGUCAGCGUAGUGCCCAAGACAUCCGCUUCCACUGACUCCCCCUGGAUGGGUCUCGCAAAAUAUGCCUGGUCUGGGUAUGUGAUCGAGUGUCCCAACUGUGGCGUGGUCUACCGUAGCCGGCAGUACUGGUUUGGGAACCAGGAUCCUGUGGAUACAGUGGUCCGGACGGAGAUUGUGCACGUGUGGCCUGGAACUGAUGGAUUUCUGAAGGACAACAACAAUGCUGCCCAGCGCCUGUUGGAUGGGAUGAACUUCAUGGCCCAGUCGGUGUCUGAGCUUAGCCUUGGGCCCACCAAGGCCGUGACUUCCUGGCUGACAGACCAGAUUGCCCCUGCAUACUGGAGGCCCAACUCCCAGAUCCUGAGCUGCAACAAAUGCGCUACAUCCUUUAAAGAUAACGACACCAAGCAUCACUGCCGGGCCUGUGGGGAGGGCUUCUGUGACAGCUGCUCGUCCAAGACCCGGCCAGUGCCCGAGCGGGGCUGGGGCCCUGCGCCGGUGCGGGUGUGUGACAACUGCUACGAAGCCAGGAAUGUUCAGUUAGAUGUGACUGAGGCACAGGCUGAUGAUGAAGGCGGGACGCUGAUCGCCCGGAAGGUGGGCGAGGCCGUGCAGAGCACUCUGGGAGCCGUGGUGACAGCCAUUGACAUACCGCUAGGGCUGGUGAAGGACGCAGCCAGGCCAGCGUACUGGGUGCCCGACCAUGAGAUCCUGCACUGCCACAGCUGCCGGAAGGAGUUCAGCAUCAAGCUUUCCAAGCACCACUGCCGGGCCUGCGGACAGGGCUUCUGUGACGAGUGCUCCCAUGACCGCCGGGCUGUCCCUUCUCGAGGCUGGGACCAUCCUGUCCGAGUCUGCUUUAACUGCAAUAAAAAGCCCGGUGACCUUUAACCCCAGCUCCCUCUCCGCGUCCUUCACAAUUCCUUAGGUUCUCAGGGUUAGAAACAGAAGUCUCGUUGAGGUUGGCCCUCCUCUCGGGCACCUGUCACGGCGUGUGUCCUCUGCUCUUCCUGGUGUGAGGGGUGGGGCAGGUGGUGAGCGGGGGUGUGAGCCUGGCAGCCGGAGGUGUGAACCCCUCAGGGCAGGGGAACCGAGCAGCUUAUAGCAAAGGGGAAUGAAGCUGAAUCCGUUGCAUUUGCUUCAGUUAGAAAUAAUAAAGAUCUAAAUAUAUGUGUAGAUACAUCUGAAGGGGACGUGGAGCAUAUUCAGGCUGCUGCUGGCUCCGACGACUUAGCACAGUCUGUCCCUAGCACAGGGACAAGGUGGCCGCGGCCGCAGGUCUUCCCCACAGAACAGAGCCAGGCACAGAGCCACUGUGUUGCUAGUCACCUUUUGCUUCUUCUCUGUGAGCCUUUGAAGCCUCUCUUUUCCUUGCCUUUUCCCAGGUACCUCUUGCUUGGAAGGGCCGGAAAGGAACCUUCGGGGGCCCCCUGGGGCAGGGUCCCUAUCCUAGGCCUAGGCCGAUGUCAGAGACUACCCAACUUAGCGUGCAGGUCACCAGAGUGGGUGGAGGGUGAGGGGUAGGGUCCUUGGCCCCGACUACUGGGGAGCGCGCGGGAGGAAACCGGCCUUCCCCAGCUGGGUUUCCUAUUUCUUGAUGCUUCUGUGUCCGCUUGGCUUUCCCGGAGGCCGCCCCCUGCCCCCAAGUAGAGCACCUGCUUCCUUCCUCUCCGCCCUUGCGAGCCCACCAUCUGCUUCUGAGUGUUGCACUAGGAUUUUUAUUGCUUAUUUUGAAGUGUCUUAAUUCUUUGUUCCCUGAUACACGUCCCCUCUGGCCGUCGGAGGGGCAAUAUGAGAAUCUUCCAGGGAAACAGCGCACCGAACGGACUGUUAUUGUUUCAAAUGCAUAUAAAUAUUUCAACGGAUCAUUAAGAAAAAAUUCUCUCUGGUUCUUGCAAGAGAAGUCAAGUGAACUUUGGUUUCUCACCAAGAGCCGGGACAUCCAUCUCUCGUGACUGGAAAGAGACUGUUGUGCUGAACCUGUCAUCGGGGCGGAUUUUAUCUUCAGUGGCCAAACACGAAGAAUUCAAUGCGACCUAGGUCUUGGCAGAACUGGGGGGUGGGCUGAGCUUCAGGGAGGGGCGUGGCAGUCAGUCCCGGCAUGAGAGUCCGUGCGUCGGGAGCCCUGGCUGGCCUUGGUCCCUCGCAGACCUGCGUCCGUAUUGCCUCCUGUGGCCCAGGGACUCAGGCCCUACUCCAGUACUGUGUAUUCUCAAAUUCGCCAUUAUAAAGGAAUCUUCCUGCUGAA